AUGGCUUCAAGAAAUUCAGACAUUCUGUAUAAAUACGAGUCCAUGAGAAUCAAAUGGAGUCGAUGUUUUGAGGAAAUCAGAAAUGAUCAUGUGGCUGACUCGAUCAAAACGUUUUUCCGCAAUUUUCAUAGAAAUCACAGAGGUUUUACCUUCGUGGUUGGGGAGCUGUAUGAUGGGACAACUCAUCUGUUUGUUAAGCAGUCUAAAUAUCGACAAAUCAAGAAUGAGAUAGAAGAACGAGUUGAUGAGACUUUGCCAGACGUCGCAGAGUUCAGGGAUGUUACAAUUAUAAAAAGAAGAAUAUCAUUUCAAGGUUUCCAGUCGUACCGAGAUUUUGGCAACAUCCUCAAAGAAAAAAACCUGGAAGUCGAAAGAAGGUUUGUAAACCGUUGUGUAAUUACAUCCGGAGUUAAACAAACUGAGUCGUUGGCAGCAGCCUGCAUGCAACUUCGUUUGGUGAUCUCUAGUUCAAGUCAUGCCAAAAGAGCCGUGGGAGAGAGGGCUUGCUGGCGAAGGCUUUGAUGACUUGGCUUGUUUUAUACGGCAUCACGCCUACCAGUCGCGACUUGUUUCAUUGUAAACAGAUUUAAAACGUUCUCUCUGAUAGCACUGUGGAACAGUGACUGUUCUUAAUAUCCUUACAAACUGAUGUAAAUUGAAAAUUUUUGGGUUGUGCACUGUUCCCUGUCGAAUAAACAAUGGAAGAAGAAUAUGUUACGGCAAGUUCCUAAAGGAUGAUUACGAAAAUAGAAAUCUACCAAUUAGUUACUGGGAUCCAUUACCUCAUUUUCUGUAUUUGAAUAAAAAUAUAAUACUAUAAAUUCAAUUUUUUUUAGUGGAACGGUUGCCUGAAGAUGUUAUUCAUUUUAUGCCAGGUGUUGUCGUCACUUAAAGGAUUUUUCGUUUACGCUCUGUUUAACCUUAUUCCAACGGUUCCGGUUGCUGUUAACGAGCUUCGAUUGGCAAAUCUUGAUUUAGAUUUUAAAAUCCGGAUUUCGGAUAGCUACUGUAGCUAAGGCUUGUCUGCUUCUAAACCGUUAUUUUCUGAUAAUUUUUAGAAGACAUGCAGACGCAAGAAAAAGUGUAAGAAAACUACGCAGGACUCUAAGAGCAGCAGAUCCAAAUGCCCUGAUUUUGGCAUUUGACCUGGAAGUUUACGAACAUGACCACAGUAUCAUCUUGGAGAUUGGCUACGCUAUGACAACAUUGAACAACCCGAAAAAGAUGCAAAAGUUCCACUACAUCAUUAAAGAAAAUCUAAGGUAUGUGAAGAUUUGGAACUGCUAAGAGGGAAAUUGAAGGCCGACUAAAGCCUCAUGAAAGCCUUGAGAAUUUUCAGGCCAAGGUUGAUAAUUACCAUAUUCCGUUGAUUUAAUUUACUAAAGAUUUCACACUUGUGUAUGCUAGGAAACGCACUUACCUCAGUGUAUUCAGGAUAUGAACGUUUACUUCGGCUGGAAAUAACGGACUGCAUCUCGGUCAGCAGUGACGAAAGGAGAUUAACUAAUAAGGGACUACUGCUUAUUGCGUCAUGGUACAGAACCGAACAAAGCGACGGCUUACAACUGAACGAUUGGGCCUUUCUUGAUUCUUUGGGAUUUUACCACCUUCUAACUACCAAUAACAACAACAAUAAUAAUAACACUAAGAUUAUCUUCUCCCCUAUGGGGCUUAUCAGGGAUAAUCAGGGAACAAAUAAUUUUAAAUCGAACCGGAUAAAAACAUGGUUGUAAGUCCCAACGGGUAGGAGGCGAACCAGUUGGCUAUUUUACAAGCUUGACCGGGGAUUUUAACCCGGGACAACCGAGAACAAAUCCAGCUAGCGGUCCAGCGCAUUAACCGCUCGGCCAAGCUGCCUCCUACCAAAAACAGAGCAAGUCAGUUGGUAUUUAUUUUUCAUAAUUUUACAGGUACGCAAACAAAGAUUUUGUGCCUGAUAACAGGGAUCACUUCAUAUUUGGCACCUCAAAGCGCAUGUCUCUUAGGAGAGCCGCUGCAAAAAUCCAGGAGCACAUUGCAGAGGCUGAUUUCUUAGUUACUCACUCUGGAGCACACGAUACAGAGUUCCUAGACAGCUGUGGGGUCUCCAUAUCAGGGAAGCUCAUGUUCGACACUCAGAUCCUUGCUACGGCGUUACUUCCAGACGGACCACCGCUCUACAGUCUGAAGAGGUUGCUGGAAGACUUGGAAAUUAAAUUUGAUGAAAAGAUUCUUCAUAAUGGCGGAAAUGAUGCUGUCUAUACUAUGAAGGUGUUCCUAACCUUGACGCAGCACGCACUUUGA